UAGUCGCUUUCAGAGCACACUCAAAGCAAGAUCGUUUUCAGAGACCGUUGUGACCUUUUUUCUAACCGUUGCAAAACCCGAUCGUAUUUGGAUUACAAUUAUGACUCUGGAAGAGGUACGCGGACAAGAGACCACCAUGGAAAUAGUUGACAGGGUGCAAAGUGCAGGCACAUCUUUGGAAGACCUGCUGGUAGCUGCAAAGAAGCAGGAUUACCUGACCGUUGGCGUCUACGAAUCCGCAAAAAUUAUGAAUGUUGACCCAGACAGCGUGGCAUUCUGUGUUCUUGCCACCGAUGAGGAGUACGAGUGCGACAUCGCUCUCCAGAUCCACUUCACGCUCAUCCAGGCAUUCUGCUUCGACAACGACAUCAACGUGGUGCGCGUCAACGAUAUUGAGCGCCUCGCGGAUCUCGUGGGCACUGACGCCACCGGCGAGCCCAAGGACGCGCAUUGCAUUCUUGUCACGAGCCCCAGUGCAAACCCAUGGAAAGACCCUUCCCUGGACAAGCUCAGCCUCUUCUGUGAAGAGAGACGCAGCAUGUACGACUGGGUGCCCACCAUCACUCUCCCAGAGCGCUGAAGAACCGAGACAUCGCCCACGCUUCACACGAUGAAGAGGAAGAUGACGACGAAGAGAACGUAAAGGAGCUGAGUCUCGCCUACUGGGAGGGUUCACAAUUGCUUGUGCCCACCCCAACCCUUGCUUGGAUUAGAAAGCUGUGGCUCUCUAUAGCACCCUGGCUGCACCCAGUGCAUUGUGGGUCAGCGCGUUCGGUUUGGAUUUACCCAUGGGAGGAUGGGUAUGAAGUUCUGGGGAGUCACCAAACGUGGACUUGGAUCAGGUGUGAUGCCGCCCAGGACUUCAGGAGCUGUUGGACACUGAGGAGGGGCCCGAUGGGCUGUGCCUGUAGAACAAGCAGAAGGAGAACGUGAAGCCGAUGGGGGUCUGACGUGUCCCAACACCUCAAGGGGGGGGGGGACACUCGGAACAGAGCCGCUGACGGAAGGAGGAUGUCAGAAAUGGACAGUAGGAAGUAAAGGAUCUUUAUUGGAACUGUGCCUGUAGACAGUACGAUGACAUGUUGGUCGCACCUCCAAAGGAGGUGCUCCGAAGACGAAAGUGUGGACUUUUAUUUAUUUUUGAAAAAAACAUUGCACCAAUCGCAAAGCAAUUUUGCAAUGACAAGGAACUUUAUGCGCGUGCCUGCAAAUCAUGAUUUGAGUUGCUGUUCCUGUCUCUGGACUUGACAAGCACCAUCUUUUCUUGGACUAUGAUUUCAAUUUUUGAUAUGAUGCAAACUCAAUGAUUUCAUGCAACAUAAUUGUAUACAUUAUUGUUAUAUUUUCUCAAUAAACGCUUGUAAAAGUUAAUUUCACUGUUGUCAGAACACUUUAUUUGCACUGUGCACAUGCCACUGGGCUGUUUGUUUACAAGAAGCAGGGGUGUUAUCCGAGAAAACCAAACCAGGAAACGCUUUCUUGAAUGUCUGCACCUCCACUGAGCCUGCGUGGCAUCAACGCUUCAACAGGAAGCCUUGCAGAGCAGAGAGUAGGAGGAGGUGGAAGGUUGACCAUGUGGGUGCAAGAUAGUGAGUGGUAGUGAGUAUGCAGGCCCAGGAGAGAGAAAGGAACAGGGCGGGUUUAUCGGCAGUAGAGUGACCAAAAAGUGAGCCGUGACGUCUGCUCUUUCUUUCCAAGCAUUGACCUUUUUGCAACUC